AUAAGUGAUGAUUCUUACUGGACCUCUAGGAAGAACAGUUUAGAACUGACAGAGCUAUCCAGUAUAAAUAAAGUUAGUUUAGCUCAGGUUUCCUCCUGUAGUAAUACUGGAUCAAUAAGUGAUGAUUCUUACUGGACCUCUAGGAAGAACAGUUUAGAACUGACAGAGCUAUCCAGUAUAAAUAAAGUUAGUUUAGCUCAGUAUAAAUCAAUCGUUUAUUCAAGGUGCUGCGUUAACAAGCGCUGAGUCAAACUUACUGCAAGAGAUUUUGGAAGAAACGGAAGUGCCAGUCAGAUUAAGAAAAACUUUGGAAUUAUUGAAGAAGGAAUACGCUAUGUGUAUGCUGCAGCAGAAAAUUGGCAAGGAGGUGGGCAGUAGCAUUUGCUUUUAAUCGAUCAACUUCAGAAAUAUUGAAACUUAUAUGUAGAACAAGAGAAUUAAACUAAACCUCUCAUUUAUAUUCACUUGCAUGAGAAGCACGAAAUACAAUUUAGACUACUACAUAUAAUGAAAAUAAUUCACAUUAUUUUCUCACUCUGAUAACUGCAGGUUGACCACCAUCUGCUAUACGGCAGUAGAAUAGGCCCCAUUUUAUUUCGGCCAGUAGAAUAGGCCCCAUUUUAUUUAUAAUACAGUAAAUGGUAACAUGGGCCCCCAGGACGAAAAAUUCGGUCUGAAGUCAUUCGGAGCGGGAUAAAUGUAAACACAAAUACAUUUCAGACCGGUCUCGGCUGUGCUCUUGGCGUCGCAACAAUGCGUGUUCACAAAAGCUGUAAAAAAAAAAGAAAAUGGCUGGCAAGGGGGAUGAAUUGGAAGAUUUGUGAUUCUCGUACCUGUGUCUGACUGAAAUUUUCGAUUUUCAGCCCGGUUCGACUUCGUCACUAUCCUAUGUAAACGCGGGGUCUUAGACUUAGUGAAACCCGCCAAAGUUUAUUUCGUUUUUUCUCUGUCAAGGUGGAAGAGCGAGUGAACAAAUUGCAGCGCAAAUACCUGCUGACCGAGCAACUCAAGGUGAUCAAAAGAGAACUGGGUCUAGAGAAGGACGACAAAGACGCCGUGGCUGAGAAAUUCCGAGAACGUUUGAAAGAUCGAGAAAUUCCUGAACAUGUCAAGGAAGUGAUUGAGGAAGAACUUAGUAAACUUGGCUUCCUUGAGGCUAAUGCUUCAGAGUUUAAGUACGUAUGCAAAACUAACUUCAUUUGUUCUGGAUAGCUCUAUCAGUUCUAAACUGUUCUCCCCAGAGGUCCAGUAAGGAUCAUCUCUCAUAUUGGUUUAGUAUUACUACAGGAGGAAACCUAAACUAAAUUAACUUUAUGUAUACUGGAUAGCUCUAUCAGUUCUGAACUGUUCUUUCUAGAGAUUCAGUAAGGAUCAUCUCGUAUUGAUCCAGUGUUACUACAGGAGGAAAUCUAAACUAAACUAACUUUAUAUAUACUGGAUAGCUCUAUCAGUUCUAAACUGUUCUCCCCAGAGGUCCAGUAAGGAUCAUCUUUCAUAUUGGUCUAGUAUUACUACAGGAGGAAACCUAAACUAAAUUAACUUUAUUUAUACUGGAUAACUCUAUCAGUUCCAAACUGUUCUUCCUAGAGGUCCAGUAAGGAUCAUCUCUUAUUGAUCCAGUGUUACUACAGGAGGAAACCUAAACUAAAUUAACUUUAUUUAUACUGGAUAGCUCUAUCAGUUCUAAACUGUUCUUCCUAGAGGUCCAGUAAGGAUCAUCUCUUAUUGAUCCAGUGUUACUACAGGAGGAAACCUAAACUAACUUUGGUCACAGAGGUGGGAGACACACAAGAAAAAAUAUUGAAAAUGCCUUGAUGUUAUUUUAUCCAGCGUUUCCCGGAAUUAUCUUGACUGGUUGACAAGCCUCCCUUGGGGAGUAUUUAGUGAAGAGAAUUGUGACCUAAAGAGAGCAAAGGAAAUUUUAGAUGAAGAUCAUUAUGGCCUGACAGAUAUCAAGGAGAGAAUAUUGGUAAUGAUUAAUUAGUGAUCGAUUGGUUGAUUGUUUAUUGAUUGGUUGAUAACUUGUUUAAUGUCGCUGACUUGUGCCAAGGUUGUUAUACAGUACUUAAAACAAACUUAACUCGUUGUUAAGGAGCAGCACGCUACUGAUUCAACCAACUUUUAGACCAAGUCAUUUCAAAGAAAAUAUUUAUCAACAUAUUUCAGGAAUUUAUUGCUGUAAGUCAAUUGAAUGGCUCUGUUCAAGGCAAAAUAUUGUGCUUUACUGGACCUCCAGGUAUUGUAAAUAAUUUAAUUUAACCUUGGCUUUCAAAUAAAAAAAGUUGACGCAUAGGUAGAAAUUUAUAUACAGUAGAUUCAUUCUUUUUUGCUACUGUAGGUGUUGGAAAAACCAGUGUAGCAAAAUCCAUCGCCAGAGCUCUACAACGCGAGGUAAAAUCGUUUUCUCACUCUGGUAACUGCAGGUUGACCAUCAUCUGUUGCACGAUAGUGCUUAGUAAACCCAACGUAGGCUGAGUUUUUGUUGUUUUUGUAGUAUUAUAGAUUUAGUGUCGGAGGCAUGACGGACGUCGCAGAAAUCAAGGGACACAGGUGGGUCUAAAGGCCAUUUACAAUGCACAACUUUUUCCUAAAACUGUCGCAUGCAACCUGAGUUACAACUUGAGUUGUACUGUGUAAAUCAAGCACACGAUUCAUCUACAACAACGUAAGUGAGUUGUGUGCUUGAUUUACAUAGUACAACUCAAGGUGUAAGCAGGUUGCAUGCGACAGUUUUAGGCAAAAGUUGUGCAUUGUAAAUUGGCCUUAGCAAAGGUCUUCUUAGUAAAUACUUUCUGAGUGUACUAUAUUUAUGGUGAUUUAAUAAAGUUCGUUCGUCCCUUCUAUUCUAGGCGAACCUAUAUCGGAGCGAUGCCAGGAAAGAUUAUUCAAUGUUUAAAAAAAGUCAAGACGGAAAAUCCACUUGUUCUCAUUGACGAGGUUUGAAGAAAUUAAAAACUUUUACUAAUGCUUCGCUUACACGAAACAGGGCGUAUUAUGAAACGUACUCAAAUUUGUCCGGUUCCAUUUGCUUACACGGGAAUUAGCAUGGUUAACUGUGAUUGAAUUCUCAAAAGGCGAAAGCGUGGAAAUUCAUCCAGUCCCGUGCGAACGGAACGUCAAAGUAAAAUAUCUUUACUGUAUUUGCAGAUUGAUAAGUUAGGUCGUGGAGUACAAGGUGAUCCGGCAUCGGCACUUCUGGAGUUGUUGGAUCCCGAACAAAAUUCCGGAUUUCUGGAUCAUUAUCUGGACGUACCUGUUGACUUAUCCAAGGUGAUUCGUCUUUAACGCAGAAAUUCCAAAUAUAAGUUGCCGUGGCCCGUGUCUGAACUACCAUGACAGCUUAUUUAGAAAUCUUUUCCCGGUAGUUCAGACACCUACACUGGACCACCACGUUUGAGAUAUAUUUUCCAGGUAGCUCAGACACAAACCACGACAGCUUAUUGUAGAAUACUACCUACACUGGACCACCACGUUUGAAAUAUCUUUUUCAGGAAGUUCUGACACUUAUUGUAGAAUAUUACGACAGCUUAUUGUAGAAUACUGCCUACACUGCACACCACGUUUGAGAUAUCUGUAAGAUUAAUAUUCCUUCUCUAUCUUCUAGGUGUUGUUUAUUUGUACAGCGAACGUUGUGGACACUAUCCCCGGUCCUCUGCGAGACAGAAUGGAAAUCAUUCCAGUUUCAGGUUAUGUUGAAGAUGAAAAGAAAGCAAUUGCAGAGGUGUGGAACUAAACUAACUUUAUUUAUACUGGAUAGCUCGAUCAGUUUUAAACAGUUCUCUCUAGAGGUCCAGUAACGAUCAUCUCCCACUGAUCCAGUGUUACUACAAAACCUAAACUAAACUAACUUUAUUUAUACUGGAUAGCUCCAUCAGUUCUAAACUGUUCUUCCUAGAGGUCCAGUAAGGAUCAUCUCUUAUUGAUCCAGUGUUACUACAAAACUUGAACUAAACUAACUUUAUUUAUACUGGAUAGCUCUAUCAGUUCUAAACUGUCCUUCCUAGAGGUCCAGUAAGGAUCAUAUCUUAUUGAUCCAGUGUUACUACAGGAGGAAACCUAAACUAAACUAACUUUAUUUGUACUGGAUAGCUCUAUCAGUUCUAAACUGUUCUUCCUAGAGGUCCAGUAAGGAUCAUCUCUUAUUGAUCCAGUGUUACUACAGUAGGAAACCUAAACUAAACUAACUUUAUUUAUACUGCAUGGAUUGCUCUAUCAGUUCUAAACUGUUCUCCCUAGAGGUCCAGUAAGAAUCAUCUCUGAUUGAUCCAGUGUUACUACAGGCGGAAACAGGAAAACCAAUGAAAAAACCUGUGGUGUUUGGUAGAGUCAAAUUGACAGCACUCUUCUCACAUUUGACUGAGGCGAAAUUAUAAUCACACAAUUGGACAUUGCAAGAAUCCAGACUCAAAUCACGGAGGUGAAAGGGACAUACAGUACACCAACCACUGUGGCAUCAUACCCAAGAAUUUAUUUUGCAGUGAUUGAGACCCCACUAAUCUGCUUUCGCAGCGUUUUCGUAUUGUUCUCCUUUCACAAUUGGGAAUAGAGAACAAUGGUUUAAUUACCUCGAAUGCUACGAAAACGGAUUAAUGUGGACAGAGCCUGAUCCGAUGUGUUUACGUUCGUUUAACAUUUGUAGAAAUAUCUUAUUCCAAUGGCUCGCGAGACAUCCGGAGUGAAAGAUCAGAAUAUCGAGAUAACAGACGAUGCUCUAUCAACCCUGAUCAAGUCAUACUGCCGAGAAAGUGGAGUGAGGAAUUUACAGAAACAUAUUGAAAAGGU